AUGACACUUUUGCUUCGAAGGUUAAAUAUUAGCAAUCUUACUCGAGGAUCAAUUCUAAAGGUCAAGAUAUCUACUUCAAGAUCUAUACAUUUAAACUCGAGACCACUAUUAACAUUAAAGGCACCACAAUUAAGUUUUAAAGUGAACCCAUUGACCAAUUGGCCUUAUUAUAACAAAAGAACUUAUUCUUCUUCAGCAUUGAACGAUGUUCCUGCUACUAGUGCAAAGACAGUAAAUAAAAAAAAGCCGCCUCCCAAAAAAGUGCUUUUUGAGUUGAAAAGAAUAUUUGAGUUAGCUAAGCCUGAAAGUAAAGUGCUCUUCUUGGCAUUGGCUUUAAUUUUAAUAUCCAGUGGUGUAAGUAUGCUAAUCCCAUCGGUGAUUGGAAAACUGUUGGAUGUUGCACAGAAGAACGUUACAAUUAAAGAAGGAGCAGUGGGAGAAAACAUAGUAACAGUGGAAAAAAAUGAAAAAGAACUUGAAGAUGACAAAGAUGAUACUAUAUUGUUUGGACUUACAUCUGUGCAAUUUUAUUCUUGCCUAGGGUUAAUUUUUGUUAGUGGUGCCAUUGCUAAUGUUUCUAGAAUUAUUUUGUUGAAAGUUACCGGUGAAAAAAUUGUAGCUAGGCUAAGGACGAGGCUAUUGAAAUCAGUAUUAUCACAAGACGCUACAUUUUGGGAUAAGAACCGUACUGGUGAUAUUAUUUCUAGAUUGAGUGCUGAUUGUUCGAUUGUUUCUAAAACUAUUACUACAAAUAUAAGUGAUGGUUGCAGAGCGGUAUUGCAAGGUGCAGUUGGUGUGGGCAUGAUGGGCUAUAUAUCUUGGCAUUUGACCUGUGUAAUGCUGUUGCUAAUUCCACCUAUAGGUGUGAUGGCUGGUAUUUAUGGGAGAAGGGUUAAAAACUUAUCAAGAGACUUGCAAAAGCAAAUUGGGGAUUUAACAAAAGCUAGUGAGGAGCAAUUGAGUGCUGUUAAAACCAUUCAAAGCUAUGGAGCCGAAAGAUUAGAGAUUCAUAGGUAUGCUGGUGAAGUAAGAAAGGUUUUCAAUGUGGGUUUCAAAGAAGCGUUAACGAGUGGUGGUUUUUUUGGAGCCACUGGGUUAAUGGGAAAUAUUGCGUUAAUAGCAUUAUUAGUUAGCGGUACUUCGAUGAUUUCUAGCGGAUCAUUAAGUGUUGGUGAUUUAUCAAGUUUCAUGAUGUAUGCUGUUUACACAGGUAGUUCCUUAUUUGGGUUAUCCAAUUUUUAUAGUGAAUUGAUGAAAGGUGCAGGCGCAGCAACAAGAGUUUUUGAAUUAUAUGAUAAACAACCGUUAAUACACCCUACUCUGGGUAAAAUUGAAUUUGCGAAAACAUUUGGUAGUAAAACACCAAUAAUUAAGUUUGAAAAUGUCAGUUUUAAAUACCCAACUAGACCAGAUGUUAAUAUUUUUAAUCAUUUAAAUUUGACCAUUUACCCUGGUGAACAAAUUUGUAUCGUGGGUCCUAGUGGGGGCGGUAAGUCCACUAUAAUGUCGUUACUACUAAGAUUAUAUGAUGUAGAUAAGGGACAGGUAAUGAUUGGUGAUUAUGAUAUUCGUGCUUUCAAUUUAAGAAAAUAUCGUAGAAUGUUGGGUGUUGUUCAACAAGAACCAAUGUUAUUUAAUGGUACAAUCUUAGAUAAUAUUCUGUAUGGGUUGCCGAAAAGGGAUGAGUAUACUAAAGAACAAAUUAUGGAAGCGUUACAAAAAGCUAAUUGUGAAAAAUUUUUGAUUGGAUUCCCGGAUGGGCUAUACACACAGGUGGGACCUAGGGGUACCCAAUUAAGUGGUGGCCAGAAGCAAAGAAUAGCUUUAGCUAGAGCAUUUUUAAUGGAUUCGGACAUACUACUAUUAGAUGAAGCCACCAGUGCUUUAGACACACAAAGCGAACAAGUUGUUGCUAAAUCUUUGUUAGAAAGAGCAGAAAGAGGGAAGACUACAGUAUCUAUUGCGCACAGAAGGAGUACAAUUGAGAAUAGUACAAGGGUGAUUGUUUUGAAUAAAGAGGGCGGUGUGGCUGAAUCGGGCACAUUUUUAGAAUUAAUAUCCGACCCUGAAUCAGAUUUAAAUGCGCUACUAGCUAGUAAAGGAGUAUAA